AACCGAUGCGAAUCAGAAAAAUAAAAGAAGAAGAAGGAGAAACCGAGGUUCAUACAUUGUAAAAAAUGUCCAAAAUGGGACUUGUGUCUAUUCAUUCGUUUUUGGUGAAGCGCAUGACAGCAGUUGCCGAAGAAAUAUUUGACGCUGUCAAAGAAAAUAUGAUUGAAUAUGAGCAGGAGAUAGAGCGUCUAAAGCAAGAGAACUGUUGUCUCAGGAGUACACUGACUCACAGCCGCAACGGCGUCUGUGCAGAAACACGCCACCAUGAUACUCAGAGAGAUGGAUGUCUGCAAGUUCCAUUGGGUUCAGAACUGUCAGAAAUUCAAGUAAAAAUGGAGGUUGCCACUGUGAUGCCCCAUGAUCCUUUGAGACAAGCUUCUACCAAUACUUCUCCCCUUUCCGAAGAUUUUAAAUGGCAGGAACCCUCUCACUGCCUCACACUUCUGCCAAAAAUGCUGUCGAAGAAUGAAGAUAUUGGUGGUACAGAUACACAAUCAUCAAUCGCAUUUGGUACAGAUACACAAUCAUCAAUCACAGUUAAGUCAGAGCUGUGUGAAAAUCCGGCUAAACAUUCAUACCCAUCUGCAGUGCAGUCUGGCAGUGAUUGUCAUGUUGAACCUCCAGCACCUAAACAAGACCUGUCAUGUCUUCAACUUCACAUUGAAAAUUCUGAUGAGAUGUCACAAAAGGCAAUUGAAAGUCACCAAAACACACUAAUGUGCAAGAUUUGCAGAAAAGUUUUCAGCACCAAAGGACAUUUGCAGAGACACAAUUUAGUGCACCAGAACCAGACACCUUUCCGCUGUGGUUCAUGUGGGAGUCGUUUUAAAUCUAAAUUCCACUUGAAAGAACAUGAGAGACUCCAUGCAGAAAGGCGAUCAGAAGAUCGGUCCGAAGAACCACUGGACUCACAGAUCUCCCAUGUUGAAGUAAUCCUGCAGCCAGACCGUGUAAAUGUGGACACAAACCCACGGCACUCUCCUAAAUUUAUAUUUUCUGAUCAGGGACCUGGGAAAUAUCCUUUCAAUUGUAAGAUUUGUGAUAGGCCAUUCAAACGUCAAACGAGCAUGAAAAACCACAUGCUUUUACACCAAGGUGAUCGAAACUACCCCUGUAAAUUUUGUGGCAGAAGAUUCUAUAAGAGCUGGCAUCUUACAGAGCAUUUAAGAAUUCACACUGGUGAAAAACCAUUUGGGUGCAAUAAAUGUGGAAAGGGGUUUGUUCAGUGGAAUCAGGCACGAUCACAUAUAAUCAAGCACCAUGAAGGAGAUAUGUCACUGUUAUCAAAGGAAAAAGCCUAAACCUAUAAAUUGGCUUUUGUUAUAACCACUUCUUUAGCAAGAAAAUUAGAAUUUCUGAUGUACAUUUCUAAUAAUAAAUGAUGCACAGAGACAUUUAUCUCAGGUUUUGUAGAUGCACAUACUCUUCCUACAUCCCAUGUCUGUCAUUUAAAAAAAGUAAUUUUGCUUGCAUUUUGCUAUUUUGGUAUACAUGGUUUCAAAGCAGCUUUACAGAUUUUUUUACAGACUAAUAUAUUCAAUUUCAUAGGUAUUCAUUAGCCUAUCGUUAUUCAUUACUGACAUGCCAGCUGCAUAAAAGGGCUUGAUACCAAGGUGUGGAUGUGAGCAAAGUCAGUAUCCCUUGUCACUCGAGUUAAAGGACAACUCCGGCGCAAAAUGAACCUUUGGUCUAAUUACACAUUGUUA